UAGUUAAAUACUUUGGGUUUAUAAAAACAAUAAUAGAUAUCAUUCCCCUCAUAAGUGUGUUUAUUUUGUCACCACGUUUGCGCGUUGUAAAUAGCAACAAUUGCAAUUGCAUGCCAUAAUUUACAAGCGACGCUUAAAGUGGUCUAAUACCAAAGAAAAAGGGUAAAAGGGCUUCCGUGACCCCCAGGAGAAUAUGUCAAGAAGAUACAACAAAAAAGACCAGCGUGGAGACCUAUGUGGCGCACGAGGCGUUCCAAAACGUUGCAGAACGUUGUCGGCUCCCGCCAACCAAAAGGGAGGCUGCAACAACAAAAAGCUUCAGGCCGGUGCAGCGAUUGAACAUGGGGCCAAUCUACCCUUGACAUCUCCCGCACCUGUUCGGCGCAUGGCUGUAGACGGCUGGGAUUUCCCUGAGAGUGAGCCAUCUUGUGAUGGAAGUGAAGAUGAUGAGGAAGUGGAGGAAUAUACCCCGCAGAACACACUUGGUCAUUGGGAUGGCAGGAGGCCAAAGGCAAGUUUUCGCCUCGCUACAGCUGCCCCUUGGAGCGUGAACGCGGAGCGUCCAAGGCUUGGGAGGGACUUUCAGUUUAUGUCUAGGCCUGAAAUCAAGCGGAAAGAGGCCAACGAAGACUCAUCAUCUGAUGAAGAUAACACAGAAAGCUUCCUCCCUCUAAAUUUUCAAAAGGAGAACUUUGCAGGGCUCUCAAAGGACAGGAUGAAGCCUGAAGCCAGCCCAGCUGAUGUGGACCCAGUCCAUGUUGACCAAUCAAUUGGCUUCGAUGCCGUUGGAGGUCUAACCAGCCAUAUCGCGGCACUGAAGGAGAUGGUGAUUUUCCCUCUUCUGUAUCCAGAGGUGUUUGAGAAGUUCAAGAUUGAAUCACCAAAGGGCUGCCUGUUCUAUGGGCCUCCAGGGACCGGCAAAACCCUGGUGGCUCGUGCCCUGGCCAACGAGUGCAGCCGGGGGGACAGGCGGGUGGCCUUCUUCAUGCGCAAGGGGGCAGACUGCCUCAGCAAGUGGGUGGGAGAGUCUGAGAAACACCUCCGAAUGCUGUUCGAACAGGCUCACCAGAUGAGGCCGUCCAUCAUCUUCUUUGAUGAGAUCGAUGGCCUGGCUCCUGUUCGAUCCAGUCGCCAAGAUCAGAUACACAGCUCCAUUGUGUCCACCCUGCUGGCCUUGAUGGACGGGCUGGACAGCCGCGGAGAGAUUGUGGUGAUCGGCGCCACCAACAGGCUGGACGCCAUCGACCCGGCACUCCGGAGACCCGGGCGCUUUGACAGGGAGUUCCUCUUUGGUCUGCCGGACAGAGAGGCUCGGAAGAAUAUCCUAAAGAUUCACACCAAACAGUGGAAACCCACACCAUCAGACGCUUUUCUUGAGGAGCUGGCAGACAAAUGUGUUGGCUACUGCGGCGCGGACAUCAAGGCGGUGUGCGCGGAGGCCGUGCUGUGUGCGCUGCGCCGCCGCUACCCGCAGAUCUACGCCUCGCCCGAGAAGCUGGUCCUGGACACCUCCUCCAUCGCCAUGCGCAGCUGCGACUUCGUGGCGGCCAUGCGCAAGCUGGUGCCCGCCUCCCAGCGCUCCAGCUCCUCGCCGGCGCGCGCACUCCUGCCUGCCGUGCAGCCGCUGCUGGCCUCCACGCUGGACGCCCUCCUGGACAUCCUGCAGACGCUCUUCCCACACACCGAGCAGGGCAUCAAGAAGAGGAGGAACACCGAUCUCACCUCUGCCAUCUUGGAUGAUGAUUUGCUGUAUGCGGAUGAGGGGGAGGGGACCUCCAGCGGGACCAUCUACAGGAAGGUCCCAGAGAAAGGCUCCUUCCUCCAAACCAUGAGGAGCGCGGCGAUCUACCCCACCUCCCACCGGCCGCGGCUGCUUCUGUCUGGUCGUCCUGGCUCGGGCCAGACCACCCACCUGGCCCCGGCCCUGCUGCACGCCCUGGAGAAGUUCACCGUCUACACCCUGGACAUGGCCUCGCUGUUUGGGGACUGCACCACCUCCGCCGAGCAGGCCUGCUGCCAGAUCUUCUGCGAGGCUAAGAGGACGGCCCCCAGCCUCCUGUACGUGCCCCUGAUCGAGCAGUGCUGGGACACGGUGUCGGCCGUCUUCAGGACCACCUUCCUCAGCCAGCUGCAGGCCGUCCCCCCCUUCUCCCCCAUCCUGCUGCUGGCCACCACCAACCUCAACCACAGCCAGCUCGAUGAAGAGCUGCAGGGCCUGUUCCAGGAGGAGCUGGGGGAGGUGCAGUACCUGAGCCCUCCCUCUGCCCAGGAGAGGAGGAAGUUCUUCGAAGACCUCCUACUCAACCAGGCAGCCAAGGGCCCAGUGGCCAAGAGAGAAGCUCUCCUGCAGGCCAUGGAGGUGUUGCCCAUAGCCCCGCCCCCUCCGCCCCGUAAGCUGUCGGAGGCGGAGCGUCAGCUUCUGGAGCGUGAGGAGGAGGACGCGCUGAGGGACCUGCGGCUCUUCCUGCGCAGCCUCACCGACCGCCUCCUCCAGGACCGCCGCUUCAAGGCCUUCACCAAGCCCGUCGACAAGGAGCAGGUGCCAGACUACCACUCUGUUGUGCGGCGGCCAAUGGACCUGUCCACCAUGCUGGCCAAGAUUGACCAGCAGAGUUACCUGACCAUCAAGGAUUACCUGGAGGACGUGGACCUCAUCUGGAACAACGCCCUGGAGUACAACCCAGACAACGACCCAUACGACCGUCAGAUUCGUCAUCGUGCGUGUGCCCUGAGGGAUACGGUGCAUGGCAUCAUCAAAUCAGAUCUGGAGGAGGGUCUUCAGAGGAAGUGUCAACUCAUUAAGGAAGCCAGAGAGAAGAGAGGUCAUGGUCCUAAGAAUACCCGAGACUCGCCCAAAACUGCAAAGAAUACCCGAGACUCACCCAACACUGCAAAGCCCAAACAGAAGAGGAAGCUGGAGGAGGAGGACGAGGCUGAGAAGCGAAGUCGCCUGAUGGCCCAGCAGCACCAGCUCAUCGACAUCGACAAGGCCAUGGAGCUGCUGGCCAAGAAGCCGCCUCAGCUGGUGGUCAACCACGACAGCCUGAAGGAUUUACUUAAGACUGUCGUGUCAAAGACAGCAGAAUAUGAAGUCUUCCAAUUGGAGAAAGUGUACGCCCUCCUGAGCCAGUGUAUCUACCGGCACCGCAAAGAAUACAACAAAACUGAACUCAUCAAGGAGAUGAAAAAAGAAAUUGAGAGCCUUUCCUGAAGAUAAUUUGUGUUUGUUUUGUUUUAUCAUUUCGCUAAAUAUAACCAAAAUGCAUUAAAAAAUAAAAUAUAUACAGCGCAUAAAAAUA